UUUUAGUAAGGCUUUUUAUUCGUAAUGGUUUCAAAAUUAUUUCGAUUAUUGAAAGCAAGAUAAUAUUUUGAGUCGUCAUGAAGGACGAUUCCCAGUUAAAAGUGAUCUACGAGUACGUAACAACGGCGCAUACGAAUUUCUGGAAACAAAUUGUCGAAUUUUUUUCUCUAUUCAGUAUAUUUUUAUUUAUAUCAAUUUUGACUAUAUAUUUUUAAUCUAUAUUGUUUUUAACGUACUAAGGAGAUAGGCGUGAAAAAAUAAAAAAGAAAAAAAUGGAGGAAGAAAAAGUAAGCAUAAAUAAUAAUUCUAACUGUACAGUCCUUUCCUCACCGAAUAUAUUUAACAAAGUAUAUGAAUCAUUGAACAAGAAAUAUGAAACUUCUCAGACACAGUUAAUAUGCAAUAAUCAAAAACGAAAGAGGAGUAAGCCUUAUUUUAGCGACAAUUUAGAUAGCACUAAAUACUUGUGGGAAGAUAUCAGGAGAAAAAAUAUCAAAUGUAAUACGGAGGAAAGAAGUACUGAUCUUACAGAUUCCAAUUGUAUAAAAGAUACAAAUACAACGGACUUAAUUGGAAAUAAAAACGUUCCAUUACGAGUUUUAAUAAAACAGAUGUUGGACGAAGCUUUUGGAAAACCUAGCGCGACCAACGUUAAUGAAGAUCGAGUAGAUUUGCAAAAUACAAAUGAUAAUAAAAUCAAUUCUGAACAGUCGUUGUUAACGUUAGAAAGAGAAGAUAAUAUAGAAUCGAAAAACGAAACAAAUAAUUCUUCGUCCUCUAACGAAACUUGCAUGGAUCGUGUAAAAUGUGUGGAUAAUAAAUUAAUCUCUAUAGAGGAAGAAGCAGUGAAUUUUUCGUCUGAUUAUAAUGUCACUGAAUACACGGGAAUGUAUUUAAGUAGAAUAUUGAAAUUUUCAGGGAAAUCCACUGAACGAAUAAAAAAUAAUGAUAUUGUAUUGCUGCAACAUGAUAAGAAUAAUUCUACAGAUAACGCUAAAGUUAAUAAAGAUUUUUUAUGCUCUUCGGUUUUACCUGAUAUAGACGAAAAUGAGGAAAAAGAAUGCGAUGAUUCUUUGCACUGUAUGAAUUUAAUGAAAACUAAGUUACCAGUAAAUCAAGAAAUUAAUAUUGAAAAUAAAUUCGCGAUGCUAGAAAGUAUAAUCAAUUCUACAAGUAAUUUGAAUUUCGAUAGUAGCGAGGAAAAAACUACGGAUUUUUUUAAUAUUUCGAAUAAAGAAAACAACGUAAAAAAGAAAGAAACGUUUUAUAAAGGAUUAAACUUAUUACAAAGGGAGGAUACUAAGGAAAUCUUUUUAAGCAAUGAUAAUUCUAUUGAUGUUGAUCAAUCUACGAAGAAUAAAUCUAAAUUCACCAGUAAAAUAACUAUUAACUUGCAAAAAUCUUGCAAGAAACAACGUCAAUCUAUCACAGUAUUUCGAAUAAAAUUACACAAUAAACGUACUCCUAAAUUAUCUAUGAAGACGAAUAAUAAAUCGAUUAGAACUGUUACUCCUCGUAAUAAUGUAGUAUUAGCAAAAGAACAAAUUAAAUAUGCAAAUAUUUCUUCUACGAGCGUAACUAGCACACAGAAAACAACGAAAGUUCCGAAAGGUCCGAAAAUUCAACAAAAUCGAGGUAAUCAUUUUAUUAAUAAUUCGACCUCACUUUCAAGUAAAUGUAUUUUUUGUAAAUUUUUUGUCAAACUCUUCAAAAAAGUAUUUUUGUUUUCGUCAGCAAAGGUAUUUAAAUCGCGUGAAAUUAAUAAAAAUAAACAGAUGUUGAUACCACAAUUAACAUUCACACCUGCCAGUCCUGAGAAUAGAGAUUAGUCAUGGAUCAAUCUUUGGUAGGAAAUACUUUUUCAUCGUAUUUUAUAUUACCAAGAAAUAGCUUGUAAAUAUUUAUAAAUUAUAUAUAUACAUUUCUUUUUUUCUCUUUUAAAUAAUUUUUUACAAAAAAAAAAAUAUCUUAAAACAUGUUCAUGCAGAUGGUCCUAUUUUGAAUAGAUAGAAUUGAUUUUAAUUUAAGUAAGAAAUUUGCAAUUUAGUUGCAAGUUAAAUUAUAUCAUUGUUUUUAUCACAAAAAAGACAUAAUUAUCAAA